GAUGUGACACGGGAGCACGCGAGAACGCUACCUGGAGCUUUCCACGAUGGUGAUAGCUUCUCUCAACUGCCAUAGCUCUGUGGAUUAAUAUUGCUGAAGGUAUCCUGACAUCAUUGCAGAUAGUCAAUAAUGAUAUCCUCUUACUGUCCCAGAAAACCGAAGCCAUGACUUUGCCAACUGACCACACCGCCUAUACGUCAGUCGUGGAUCAGGCUUCUACGGUUUGCUCUGAAGUUUUGAAUCGGGGUCAAAGUGAAGAUUUCAGAUACCAUCAUGGAUUACAAUUCGUUUAAACAUGAUCAGAAGUAUUCUGAUAACUGGUGAAAAGUCCCUUGACGGACAAACAGAAAGAGAUUGAAUGUACGUUGAACCCAGUUAAGUCAACAGUCCUUUGAAUAGGCUGAAUGACCGCGGCGCACAGUUGUUUCCAAGAUGUCGACCUACUUACACAGGGUCUUGUUCCUCGUGCUGGGUCUGUCGUCAACUGUACAGGGUACUGAUGGCAUCAAAGCAUUCUUGAGGUUUUCUCCACAAAGCCUCAAGGACAGCCGCGGCUGUCACCUCCCCGUGACUCUCUCCUUCAGUAUCAGAGCAGGACCCUACAACUGCAGUAUCAACGUGACCACCAACACUCAUGUGGACGUCAACGUCCCGGUGUAUACCCCGAGAGGGGGCGAGGGGGAGGGGUACAUCUCACAGAGCACUCUGCAGAUUCAGACCAAGUUCUAUCACAACUAUACAUCAAUGACAACCAUGAAAGUUACCUGUCAUCGUUUAAAGAAUGGAGUGCAGCUGGUGGUGUCAGGAUCCUUCAUGACCAAGGAUGGGGAUGUAUACAGCCUGGAGCGUGAAAGUCGAAGUCUGUCAGAAACAGUCCAAUAUAAUGACGUGUACAGACUUGCUCAAGAUGAUGUAUCGUACCUCAACCCACACCACGACUACAACAUUCCACCGUCCAGUUCUGAUGAGGAGGUCGAUGUCAGUGGUAAUCACAAUAGCUACAGACAUCGUCGCCAGGCUGACGACAUCUUUAUCGAUGUACUCGUCUUCAUAGAACACUCCCUCUACAGCAGGUGGUACAACAGAAGUACGCAGUCUAGCGAAACACUACGUCGAGAGGAGGCGCUACAACAAAUACGUCAAUACUACGGAUAUAUUGUGAAUGGGAUUGACGUGCGAUAUAAAAGUUACUCCCCGCGAAUGAAUAUUCGCUUGGUUGGUUAUAUGAUAGAGAUGUCCGGCGAGGGGGAGUGGAUCCGCCGUGUCCGCCUGAACGAGACCCAGGAAUACCAGGACCUCUACCGCGUGAAUGGCGACAGGCUACAGGACGGAGCUCUCCAGUUGAAGCAGAACAUCACACACCUCCCAGCCCACGACCAUCUCAUGAUCUUUACAGCGUAUGAUCUCUACUUCCAAAUUGACGAUACAAGAGGGGACCUGUUAGGUAUCGCCUUCUACGCCACCGUGUGUAAGCUGCCACCCUUCAGUAUCUCCGUGAUAGAAGACAAGGAGGUCUUGAUGUCAGUCAUCUUCACAGCAACACAUGAGUUGGCUCACGGAUUAGGAGUAGACCACGAUGGUGGCAGCAACAACUGCUCUUCUGCCGAUAGAUACAUUAUGUCUGAUGGGGUCGGCUACCAACGCACUGAAUACAACACGUACAAUCCCUACACCUUCUCCCCAUGCUCAACCCUGAAGUUAACACAAUACAUCAGCACCCAGCUGGACAUGGGCGAUGAGUCAAGGCGUUGUCUGAUCCAGUGGAUCCCGGCAAGUGACGUGCCUGAUGUCACCAGUUCUCUCCCAGGACAGGUGUACAGCGCCGCCCAGCAGUGCCAGAUAGCACACGGGGAUCAGUCGGCCCUCUGUGUGGGGGCAUAUAACGGCGACUUGAGCGCAUUGUGUUCCAUGAUGCUGUGCCAGGACCGAGAAGAUCGGUGUGUGGAUACAUUUGCUGCAGAGGGCACAGAGUGUGGCGCCAGCAUGUGGUGCUUGAGUGGCCGCUGCGUGAAUGCAACAAUGGACUGUGGUACAUGUCUGUCGACCUCUUCAACAGUGCCUCCUGCCACACGUUCGUCUUCAUCUGUAGGCACUCCAACUUGCAUGCCUUCAACACCCAUAUCCACGUCCCCAUCUCUGUCCCCACCCACGCCUACGCCCAUGUCCAUGUCGACAUCAAAGUCCACGUCCCCGCCCACGCCCACGCCCACGCCCACGCCUACACCCACGCCAACGUCCACACCCACGUCCACAUCUACAUCAAAAUCCACGUCAACCUCCACGUCCACGUCCACGUCCACACACCUACAUCUACCCACGUCAUCAUCGUUAUCACCAGUUUCGUCAUCAUCAACAUCCCCUUCAGCCUCAUCAACGUUAGACAUGUCAAGCUGGCUCAGUUCAACUGGAGAUGCGACAACGUCCACAUCUUCGCCCGCAUAUACUUCCGUUAUAACCAGAAAGACAUCCACGACGGUGAGCACAAGAACAAUGGUGACUGGCAAAAAAACAACAGAUGUCAAGAUUUUCCCCGACACCACUGUGGCCAAGGAACAAGGCAGUGUAUCUGCAGUCGUUCUAGGUGCUUCAAUUGGAGGCGUGGGUGUUGCAGUUACGAUCACCGCCAUCGUCGUUGUCAUCAUCUGUAGACGCAUUCGGCUUAGUGAAGGCAAAGACAAUGCACGCCAUGCCGUCGAGAUGACUUGAUGACGUGCGUCCGAGAAUGUCGUGCCUCGAGGAGUGGUCCACUAUAGAUGUGUGAUCAGCAUUGGGCACAGUGUUCCUCAGUUGAUAAUGAACACUUGAUGAAUGAUGAUGGUACUCUAUAUUAAUUGCAUCAUGAAAAAUGAACAUGAUACUAUAUUGUGUUCAUGGUUUGAUUAUGAAAAAAAUAUUUGUAAUAAUGCUAUUUCAUAAUAAUGGAUGAUGAACUUUGGAUGCGUGAACACGGUUAUGUUGUUUUACGCUCUUAUAAACUUGAGAUGAAUUACUCCGUUAUUUGUUACCGGAUUCUAUGGUUUAAUAAGCAUUAAAUCAUAAACUUGAA